CAAAAAUAACCGUACAUCUCUCGCGAAGUACGGAGUUUCAUAUUCGUGAUUCACGAGACUACACGUUGGCACAGAAUACACGCAGAAAUGGAUCCGUCAUCAGAGAUUGCCAGUUUGUACACGGUGAAGGCAGUGGCUAUUCUAGAUAAUGAUGGAGAGAGGUUACUCGCAAAGUACUAUGAUGACACAUUUUCCACCACCAAGGAACAGAAAGCAUUUGAGAAGAACCUCUUCAACAAGACACAUAGAGCAAAUGCUGAAAUCAUCAUGCUUGAGGGAAUGACAAUAGUCUACAGGAGUAAUGUUGAUCUGCUCUUCUAUGUGGUUGGAAGUGCCUCUGAAAAUGAACUGAUUCUUGUCAGUGUAUUGAAUUGCCUCUAUGAUUCUGUCAGUCAAAUCCUUAGGUAUGUAUGAGAGGGACAAGCUAUGUAAGAAGGCCAAGACA